UAACAAUUUCUAUAUUGUAGAAUAAUUCGUAUAUACAACAAUUACGAGUCUUUCCUGUUCUACUCUAAAUACUAAAAAAUUGAUUGCAUUCACAAUUUCAAUAAAAAAGAAAAAUUUCACAAUUAACAUCUAAAAAAUGUCAUCAUCACGUUCAUCAUCAUUAUUGUUGCAUAAUACAUUGAACAAUCUAUAUUGGCAGCUUUAUUUUGAUAUUUAUAGUCAAAUACAAGAUGUACAAUUACUGUCACAAUUAUCAUCGACAAGUAUACAAAAACAUAUUGAACGUAUUGAAAAUUUACAAAAUCAAUUUGAUCAAUUAAUACAUGAUUAUUUUGGACAAAAUUCCAAUCAUUUUGCAAAUAAUGAAUGGAUUAUUAAUUCAUUGAUUGAAUUACGAAGAUAUCUAGAAAGAUCUCGAAUUGUUGCUGAACUUGCAUUGGAUCGAAUAAAUGUUACAUCAUCAUCGCCAUCUCUACUAACAACAAAACAAAAAGAAAUUAGCAAUGAUGAUGAUUGUUACAAUGUUGAAACCCAAAGUGAAUCGAAUGUUUUGAAUGCAAUGGCCAAUCCAUUUCAUAGUACAUCAAACAUUUCGAAAACAAUUCAUUAUUAUGAUCAAUGGCAACAACAAACAGCAUCCACUGUUGAUACAUUGUCUAUUCAUCAUGUUGUUGAGCAUGAUAAUGAAUCGAAAUCGGUGCAAAGUGUUGAACAACAGCAAAAACAAAUAAACUAUUCGAUUCAAAAUAUUACUUUAAAUGAUGAUGAUGCAGCAAUUAUGCAAACAACAGUUGUCAAUCAAUCAGACAAUUUGGUAUCGAAACGUCCAAAAAUUCCUUUAAAAAUAUAUGAUGAAAAUGGUCAACCUGUUGAUUUGGCUUCACUAUCAUCAAGUUUGGCCAGUGCAGCUAAAAAAUCGAAUAAAUCUGAUGGUGAUGAAAACGUUUCUUCAAGUGCAACAAUUGAUGAACAAUCAACUCCAUUCAAGGAAGAAAAUUUUUCAAAAAAUUCUUUCCAUAAUUGGAAAUUGAAAAUUCUUUUGGCCGAUCUGAAUGCAUUGAAUAUGGAAAAUAAAAUUUCCGAAUUUAUAGCUUUAUCAUUUGAAGAUUCUAUAAGUGGUGAUGAUAUCGAAAGACAUUUGGAACAAUUGUAUCGAUUAGAUGAGUACACGAAUGAUGAAGAAUCGUUUAAAACUCAUUUGAAUUUUCUUAACAAAUUAUUUGAAUUUUCAUUUGUACAAUUGUCUUUUAUGCUACGUAUGUAUGAUCAUCUCUUGCAAACAUAUAGCCAAAUGGAAGCCAGUUCAUCACGAAAUGAUUUUUUGAUCGACUGUUUUGCUGAAUUUUUCACUAUUGCUCGACCAUUAAUCAACAACAUGAUAAACAAAGACCAUGACCAUAAUGAUGAAUGUAAUCGAAUUCGAUUUAUUUAUUUUAAACGGCUAUUUCAACGAUUAUCAGACAUUCGUCAAAACUAUCAAAAUGGUUGCCUUGAUUUAUCAGAGAAAAAUGUUCGAAUCAUUUCGAUGGCCAUUGGAUUCAUCAAUAAAAAUCAGUUACAAUUCUCUUUUGAUGGUUGAGCAAAUAAAGUCAGCGAUUCUUUUUCCACUUUUUUUUCCAAUGUAAUUUAAUUUGUGUUUAUCAAGCAAAUUAUGAAAAAAAAUUGAUAUACAGAAUAAAACGAUUUUUUUUAAAAAAAACGAAU